AUGGCUGAUCAACAACAAGAAAUUCGUUUUAUUGAAAAUUUUAUUAUUAUAUGGGUGGACUCGAAGCUUCGUCGCAGAAAUAGAAGAAAUGAAGAUAUUCAAACAUCGAUUACAAAACUCCGCCAUAUUGUCAAUUUAAUCAAAAUGUUUGAUACAUGUGAGUCAUGUAUCGAUUUUAUUGACAAUAAAGUGAAACAAGAAAAGGUCUUUUUGAUUGUUUCGGGCUCCCUUGGGCAACAGCUAGUACCUAGCAUUGAACAUGACAUUAAACUUGAUUCAAUUUAUGUGUUUUGUUGUAAAAAAUUUAAACAUGAACAAUGGGCAAGAAAGGAAAACCAUCGUAAAAUCAAAGGCAUCUUUACAGAUAUUCAAGAUAUUUGUAAUCAACUCAAGGAAGAUAUAAAACAUUGUCAAAAUGACUUGACUUCUAUUCAGACAGUCGGUUCACAAACAUUAGAAAUUUCAAAUCACCUUGAUGCAUCGUUCAUGUACUCGCAAUUACUCAAAGACAUUAUACUCAGUAUAGAAUAUGAUAAUACAACUCGUGAACAAGCGAAACAAGAUUUUAUUGAUUUUUGUCGAAUUUACUAUGCUCAUAAUAAUGCAGAAUUAUGUGUAAUCGAAGAAUUCAAGCAAAAUUAUAGCAAUCCAUCUCCGAUUUGGUGGUAUACACGUGAAUGUUUUCUUUAUUCAAUGCUAAAUCGAGCUUUAUGUACGCAAGAUAUGGAGAUUUUGAUCAAGAUGAACUUCUUUAUUUAUGAUCUUCAUCAACAACUUGAACAACUUCAUAAAACAACGAACAAUGGUAACAUAUUGACUGUCUAUCGAGGUCAAGGUAGGAUACUACCUGCGGCGUUAGAUCGAAUGAAACAAAAUCAAGGUGGUCUCAUUUCAUUUAACAAUUUUUUGUCGACAAGUACAUCGCAAGAAGUUUCUUUAUGUUUUUCUCGAAAAGCUCUACAGAAGCCUGAAAAAGUGGCUGUUCUAUUCGAAAUGAUUAUUGAUCCGUCGAUAUUAUCGGUACCAUUUGCAUUACUUGAUAAACACAGCUAUUUUCAAGACACAGAAAAAGAAAUACUCUUUUCAAUGCAUACCGUAUUUCGUAUUGGUGAAAUAAAAUCAUUGGAUGAUGAUAACAAAUCACGAUUUUGGAAUGUUCAUUUAACAUUGACUAAUGCCAAUGAUGAACAACUUCGCCAAUUAACAGAACAUAUGCGCAUAGAUCUCAGCUCUUCUCUUGACUAUGAACUUCAAAUCAACAUGGAUCCUACAUGGCGAUUAAGUAAACUACUUGUACAUAUGGGUGAAUAUGACAAAGCAAUUAAACUAUAUGAAAUGAUCCUUGAUAAGGCAACACAUGAAAAUAAUUUGAAGUACGUACAAAUGACACACUAUCAAUUGGCCGAACUGCUUGCAUUAUAUAAGAAUGAUUGGAAACGAGCAAGAGUGCAUUUUCGCAAGAUGUAUAGUAUAAUCAUACUUGAUGAGAGUAUUGUUGCUGAUGAAGCCAGGAGUGACUUGAUCACUGUCUUUUCGACAAUACGAAAUGUGCUUGGUAGCGAACAAAUUAAUGAGGAUAUGUUUCACUUAGCUAUAGCCGAACUAUUGAGCAAGUUGAUUCCAAUAUAUCUUGAUUACUCCUUAAGACCGCUAUGCCCGCUUGAUUAUCAACUCAUAGUGGACCGUUACAAUUAUAUUGGUUGGGUACAAAAAAACCAGGGGAAAUUGUUGGAAGCAUGGGCUAGUCAUGAGCAUGCACUGCGAAUAAUACGCGAACAUUUGCCUCCUACUCAUCCUCGUUUGGCAAUGACAUAUAAUUACAUGAGUUUGCUCUAUUCGACAAUGAACGAUCAUUCGGGUGCCCUGGAUUGUCUCGAAAAAGCACUUGAUAUUCAAGAAAAAGUUCUGCAACCAAAUCAUCCACAUCUAGCUGAAACUCAUUUUCUUAAGUCGAUUACUUUUGAACGUUUGAACAAAAUUGAUAAUGCUUUUCAACAUGCAAAGAAAGCUGUCGAUAUUGCACGUCAAGCAUUUAUGACAUCUGAUGAUCCGAAUAUGAAAAAGUAUCAAGAGCAGUUCGAUAAAAUUGUUCUAUUGAAUCAAUCUUGUAAUGAACUUGUGCUUUAG